UUUUUUUCCUGCCAUGUUCGGGAUUUUUUGUGAAAGUAUCUGGCAACCCUAAUAAGAAAGCUUUGGUAGGGUCAGUUCUGGUGGGAGGGGCCAGAUCUGCCCUGCAUUGACAUGAUCAAGCAUUUCCCCAGCCUGGAAUCAUAGGACUGUAGGACUGGAAGGGACGUGGUGGAGUCAUCACUUUGAUAUUUUGCCUCCAGGCUAAGAAUGCCCAGAAGAGGUGAAGGGGCAUGGCUUCCUCAGGCUGCAAUGAAUGGUUAACCCUGGAGGGGCGAUGUUGGGAUAGGUAUGCCCCAUCACACCAACAGGAUUGAUGUGGACUGUGCUCUGGCAGCAGGAGAUGUUCUCCUACCGACAUAGCUAUCUCAACUUGUUGGGGGUGGUUUAGUUAUGUUAAUGGGAGAGUUCCCUCCUACCUGCGUAGAGUGACUAGGCAGGGAAUCUUACAGCCGUGCAUCUGCAUUGGGACAUCUGUCUCUAGUAUAGACAGUCUAAUGUACUUCCAGAACCAGAUCUUAGCGCCUUUUAUGUCCGUUCCUUGGAGUAACUCAUUCUGUGCUUUGGCCUUUUUGAUCUUGUCUCUACUUGGUUGUGCUGUUUUUCUGGACUCAUCCAUGUUUCCAUUUUUUGAAGGUUUCUUUUUUAUUUCCAGCUGCCUUACUGGCCUCGAACUCUUACGUUUGGAUCGGGAUAAUUUGCAGUUAUGCCUUUAAUAUUAUCUUUUUGAGAACCUGCCUGCUCUCCUGAGCUCUGUUUUAACAACAAGUAAUCCUGUGACACCUUAGAGUGUGUCUACACCCUUAGCUCGAAAUAAGCUACGCAAUUUGUGCUAUGCAAAUUGCAUAGCUUAUUUCAAUGUUAUUUCAAAAUGGCUUAUUUCUACACAGCGCCAAAUUUCAAAAUAACUCACUACUCUGAAAUUCCCCUUAACCCUUGUGGAAUGAGGGUUACCAGGAUGUCAGAAUAAACUGCCCGUUAUUUUGAAACAACGGGCUGCUUCAAUAGACAUGGAAUAGCUAUUUCGGGAUACUUCUGAUAUUCUGAAAUAGCUUUGCAGUGUGCUCUUCUUGCCCUGACAGGCUGCAGAAUGAUGUCCAUGUUUUGCUCCAGCUCAUCUCAUCCUCCCAUGGGAUGGGGAAGGGAAAUGGCUGCAGUAGAGGCAGUUCAGGUGUCGGUGACCUUCGAGGAGGUGGCUGUGUAUUUCACGAGUGCAGAGUGGGCUCUGCUGGACCCUGCUCAGAGAGCCCUCUACAGAGCCGUCAUGCAGGAGAACUACAAGAACAUGUCCUCACUGGGGAUUCUAGUUUCAAAACCUGAUGUGAUCUCCCAGCUGGAACGAGGGGAAGAGCCAUGGGUUCCAGAUCUCCAGAGUUUAGUGGAAAGAGAAAUCCUGAGAGGCAUCCCCACAGCAGGUGCUGGGAUGGUGAAUGAGAAUACAGAGCAGAAUCCUCACCAGGAAGAUGCUGAUCGAGUGAAAACACCAAGGGCAUUAUCACAAAGAUCUAAUGUGAAUGUGCCCAGGAGUUGUGAGCCAGAGAGUACCAGCAAGAGUCAGUACAGGCCAGAAAGGCAGCAGGGAAACCAGCAAAGGCAGAAAGUGGAUAAAUCCAAAGACCUCCAAGAAACCACAGUCCAACAGAGAAUGCCCAUGGGAUACAGAAACAACAUAUGCCCUGAGUGUGGAAAAAACUUCAGUUACCACUCAGCCCUUAUUACACAUCAGAGAAUGCACACAGGAGAGAGACCCUAUGCAUGCUGCAAGUGUGGGAAAACCUUUACUGACAGCUCAACUCUUAUUAUACAUGAGAGGGUCCACAAGGGAGAAAAACUCUAUGAAUGCUGUGUGUGUGGGAAAAGCUUCACCCAGAGCUCACACCUUGUUAGGCACCAGAGACUCCACACGGGAGAGAGACCCUAUGCAUGCUGUGAGUGUGGGAAAAACUUCACCCAGAGCUCUGCCCUUGUUAGACAUCAGAGAAUUCACACAGGAGAAAGACCCUACCAAUGCACAGAAUGUCAAAAAAGGUUCAGUGACAGCUCAGCCCUUAUUAAGCAUCAGAGGAUCCACACAAGAGAAAAACCAUAUGAAUGCUGUGAAUGUGGGAAAAGCUUCAUUGACAGUUCCUCCCUUAUUAGACAUGAGAGGGUCCAUAUAGGAGAGAGACCCUAUGAAUGUUGUGAGUGUGGGAAAACAUUCACUCAGAGCUCAGCCCUUAUUAGACAUCAAAGAACCCACACAGGAGAGAGACCCUACAAAUGCUGUGAGUGCAGAAAAAGCUUCACUGACAGCUCACACCUUAUCAGGCAUGAGCGGAUCCAUACAGGCGAGAGACCCUAUAUAUGUACGGAGUGUGGGAAAAGCUUCAUUGAGAACUCAAACCUUGUUGCACAUCAGAAGAUCCACAAGGGCAAUAAAAAUCAUAGCAAAAAUAUUAAGGAAAAAAAAGUUUGUUAAUUCCCAUGUAGUGACUUUUGAGGCUGAUUGCAUUGAUUGUGUCACUAUGGGCUCAGGCACUUCAAGAGAGUUGCCCAUUUUUGCCCUUUACAGCUUUCCCUUUUGAAGGAUUAAUCCUGUGGAUUUUUUUAUCAACUCCUUUGACCUAUGAGUCAUGGCAAUACGUGCCAAGAAUGUCAAUCAGCACCAGGUACAUAGUGUCAGACCCCUUUCAUCAACUCUUACUGCAGAAAACUCAGAGAUAAGGGGACUCAUAGAAGUCACCUGUAUAGAGGUAAACUACAACUUUACACACUUAAUGGAAAUGGGAAAAAAUAGAUCAGGUAAGAUGUUUGUAAUCUUUGGCUAUACUAUUAUUACUAGUGUAAAUGAAAUUAAAUGAGAAGUUGUUGGUUAAAGAGUAUGGGUAUGUCUAACUAACUCAUUAAUUCGAGCUAGGUAGGCAAAUAAGGUGACCAGAGUUGCAAAUGAAGCCCGGGAUUUAAAUAUCCCGGGCUUUAUUUGCAUGUUCCUGUCCGCUCGCCAUUUUGAAAUUUCACUAGCCCGAACUCACUGCCGCGUGGCUACACGCAGCAGUGAAACGUUAAUUUGAACUAAGUUCUUAGUUCGAAUUAACUGUUACUCCUCAGUAAGAUUAGGGUGGGGAAUUGGCGAGAGAAAUAAUGUACAUGGAACUACCGACACAGCAUUAACUUUAAUUAUUUCUAUUUCAAAUUGAAUUUAUUUUGAUAAGUCAAUUUCUGUUCAGAGGAAAACUAUUUAAGGAGACUAAUUUUACCCUCACCCAGGGAGACUACAAGGUUAACUGAGUUCCAGCUUGUUUACAAAGGAAAGGUAUGACAUCUCUCAUGAGAUGUCCACACUCUUAUUUCUAACAAUGGCAUUGUAAUGCUAAUACAUGCUCAUUUUUAUGGUAGCUAAGACUUGUUAGAGGUUUCAUAUGUUUAUUAUUGAUCAUUCCUACAUGGGUUUGUGUUGUUUACCUUUAUUCCCCCAUGGCUAUUAAUUAUGAUGUUUGUACUAUAUGGAGCUGAGUAAUCAAAAUGGUUUACCACAGGCCUCAAUUUUUUUUAAAGGUGAGAAAUUAGAACAUCAAAGGCAUGGUGUGAAAAGCUGGUUCGAACCAACUGACUUGUAACUGACGUUGCCUCAGAAUUCUAAUACCACUGACUCUAUAUAAGGAACUGGGCAGGUGACAUCACAGGACUGUCCGUUCAGGAGGCAGUCAUGUGUGGUCAGGGUUUUGUGCUGUCUCCAGGAUUGAGGCUUGAAGAGCCCUGUGACAUCAGCCCCGAUACCAUCACUUCCCUGCUAGCUGAAGUUUCUGACCAUCCAUCCUCCACAGCUCUAGACUCUGUGGCAGCGGCUAUCAUCUCGCAGCUGAGGCCCAGUGUUCCUCCCCAACAGCUACCGUGGCCCGAGGGCAGAAGGUCUCACCAUACACUACCAUCUGACCUCUCUAUAGAAGGCAUCUGAAUGAGUAGGA